AUGCGUGACCUCCGUGAACUGUAUAAGUUGGAAAGCUUCCUUUGUCGCACUUUUGAAACAGUGCGUAAGUUCAUCGCGAAUGCAAACUCAAGUGCUAUUACAAGUGAAUUGAUCAGUGUACGCUUAGAACGGUUAGAAGAUGCGUUCAAGCAGUUCCAGCUAGUGCGUACGGAAAUUGAGCUGCAAACCGACCCCCAAGUGACCGGUGCUGAUGAUCCUGAGCAGCAGCUGGCGCUGAUGAACGCACGGACCGACGAAGAUGCAAGCAUUGCGAUGGAGAAGGAAAACGACUUCUGUAACCUCAAAGGUGAACUACUCCGCCUACUGUCAUUAACAAGUGGAUCGGCUAAUGUAGAGCAAAAAUCAAGUUCAAGCUUAAGUGCGCCUUUAGAAACAACAUCGAGUUUGGCAAGGGUUAAGCUGCCUGAAAUACGCCUACCAACAUUUGAUGGAGCAGUCAACCACUGGUUAACGUUUCGGGAUUCUUUUCACAGCCUUAUCCAUUCGAGUGAACACCUUACCGAGAUGGAUAAGUUUUCCUACCUUCGCUCCGCACUAAUGGGAGAAGCUCUCCAAGAGGUGAGCUCUGUUGAGAUGACGGCAGCCAAUUACAACAUAGCAUGGGCUGCUUUGAACAACCGUUAUGAAAAUCGCAAGCUUAUUGUGAAAACGUAUCUCGAUGCGCUUUUCAACGUAGAGGAGCAACCCGCGGAAACUUUCGACGGAUUAAGCCGACUGAUCAACGACUUCGACAAGAACAUCCAGAUGUUGGAGAAAGUGGGUGAAAAAUCUGACGGUUGGAGUACUUUGCUGGUGCAUAUGGUGUGUGCUCGGUUGGACCCUUUGACGUUGCGUCACUGGGAAACACAUCACAAUUCUCGUGAGGUACCCCAGUUUCAGGAAUUGAUGUGCUUCCUUCGAAACCACUGUGCCAUUCUACAAACGUUUUCUCAUCAUAAACCCAAAGCUUCAGCAAUCAGAGAUGAACGACCAAGGUUUGGAGUUAGUCAUUCCAGUGUGCAGUUUCCCCCCAAGUGCCCAUUCUGUGGGGAUACAUUUCAUUCCGUUUUCCGUUGCAUCAAGUUCCUGAAGCUGACAGUCGAAGAACGCACUGAACUAGUGAUGAGGGCUAGACUGUGCCUGAUUUGCUUGUCACCCGGUCACUUGGCUCGUGUCUGUAGCAGAGGCUCGUGUCAUCAUUGCGGAUCACGUCAUCAUUCGUUGCUGCAUACAGACCACACAUCCUCCGUCUCGCAAAUCGAGGAGAACCCCGAUCCGUCAGUACGUCAAGCUCCUCAAUCCCCACCACCAUCUCCGUCAUCCCAACCGAUACCAUCUACAGACCAACAUUCCAACCCACAAACCUCUACAUCGUUUUCGGCCACGCAAAUGCCUAACUACAUCACAGACUUCUCCAGAAAACUCCAACACACUAAUGUACAUCACACACACUCAUCAACACAUCAUGUUUUGCUGUCGACGGCUGUCGUAUGUGUUCUGGACCAUGCUGGAAACUUCCAGCAAGCUAGAGCGUUGUUAGAUUCCGGUUCACAGUUUUGCUUUAUGACCAAGAAUUUCAGUGAACGUUUAAAACUCCCAAGCUCCUACGAUAAUCUCACCAUUCAAGGCAUCGGUGGUUCGAAAGCAAUUUCCCGAGUGCAGGUUAUGGCGUCAGUUUUUCCCCGAUGUUCGACAAUAUCAGCGUUCAGCUCAUCCAUGCCAUUCCUUGUGCUUCCGGAGCUUACAGCAACCCUGCCAGCCUGCAGUGUUCGCAAGUCAUGGAGUACUCCAAAGAGCUUAACGCUCGCCGAUCCCAACUUCAACAAGCCAGGAAAGAUAGACCUUAUCAUUGGCACAGAGUUUUUCUUCGAUCUUCUCUGCGAUGGUCGUUUCAAGGUUUCUGAUAAUGGUCCAAGUAUGCAGAAUUCCGUUUUUGGCUGGAUCAUAUCAGGCAGAAUUCCAGAUAAAACCAAUCCUCGACCGCUUUCAUCAGCGUACCCGGUAGUAGCAACACGUUUGUCAACGAAAAGGCGAAAACCAGUUUCGCCCCUAGUGCCUCCUUCCAUUGAGAAUAAAGUUCUUUCUGGCGGCCGGCGGCAACAUGCUACACAACGAGAAUCAACACAGCAACGAUCUUUCAUCGCAGUCGUCGAGACAUCUACCUCGUAUUCCUUCGUUUCAUUUGCAAAGAGGCAAACAGACAACGCUAGUCUGAGCAGAGUUCCAGCACCAAAGCCUUCAGGGGUGACGCGGUCGCGAUCGGACGGGUCGGACCUGUCACCCCACCGCUAA